AUGGGAUACAAGGCUCUAGUGCAGCCCACAGAGCUGGAGCGGGGAGAAGGGGAACUUAUUGUGCAAGGCCUCAUGAACCACAAUGCAGAGGACCAAAUCCAGAGCAUCCACUUCCUGGACAGUCUGAAUGAUUCAAGGCAGAUGGUCCCUGGGAUGGUGGGCUGGCUGAUUGGUGGCAUGAAACUCCAGCAGCAGCAGCAGCAAGAGAUCAGCAUCAACAUCACCAAUGUGCAGCUGGACUGUGGUCGGAUCCAGAUGUCUUUCCAUAAGGAGUGGUUUUCUAUAAAUAUCUCACUUGAAUUUGACAUUGAAUUGACACUGCCCUUCAAUAACAACAGCACCAGGCUGCACACAAGCAUGAGCCUUGCUGCAGAGUUUUGGCUGAAGAAAGAUGAGUUUGGCCGGAGGGAUCUGGUGGUGGACCAAUGUCACACGGAGCCCAACGUCCAUGUGAUAGUUCUCGCUGAGGCUAUCCCAUACAAGAUGAAACACGUUCUUCACAACCUCAAAGAGAACAUAGGGAAAGUUAUCCCACAUCUGGUAGAAAAUCAGGUUUGUCCUCUCGUUGGCGAUCUCCUCAAGCAACUGGAUGUGAAACUGUUGAAAGGCCUGAUGGCAUGA